ACAGUUAGAGGUUACUUAACCCAGCCACAAUCUCUUACUAAAGGAAAGAAUUGCCAGUUCCAUUCCAGUGGAAGAAUAUAAGAGUUUUCAAAUGGACUCCCUAGCAAAAUCAAUCAACCAGUUUGCCCUGGAGUUCAGCAAAAAGUUAGCUCCAUAUGAGGAAGGUAAAAAUCUUUUCUUUUCCCCUUUGGGCAUCUCAACCUCCUUGGCCAUGGCUUACCUGGGAACCAAAGGAAACACAGCUGCUCAGAUGGCCCAGGUGCUGCAAUUUAACAGAGACCAGCAAGAUCCUAAAUUUUACCCUAAGAGUGAAAAGCAAAGGAAAAUGGAACCCAACUCAGUCAAGGUUGAAGAAAUACACUUGGACUUCCAGAGCCUUAUUUCAGAAAUCAACAAUCCCAACAAAACCUACAUACUGAAAACAGCCAACGGGGUGUAUGGAGAGAAAACAUACCCAUUUCACAAUAAAUAUUUAGACGACAUGAAGACAUACUUUAGUGCACAACCACAAUCUGUUAACUUUGUGGAAGAUUCUGACCGAGUCCGGAAGGAUAUCAACUCUUGGGUUGAAAGUCAGACUGAGGGUAAAAUCCCUAAUCUCUUACCUGAUGAUGCUGUGGACUCGGCAACCAGAAUGGUUUUGGUGAAUGCUCUUUACUUCAAAGGCAUCUGGGAACAUCAGUUCUCAGCCCAGGACACCACAGAAAAGCCUUUCAGAAUCAACAAGACCACAAGCAAACCAGUGCAAAUGAUGUCAAUGAAAAAAAACCUUCAAGUUUUUCACAUAGAAACACCCAAAGCCACAGGUCUUCAGCUCUACUAUGAGAGCGGUGACCUCAGUCUGCUUGUAUUGCUGCCAGAAGAUGACUAUGGGCUGGGUCAGCUGGAGAAAGUUGUCACCUAUGAAAAACUGAGUGAAUGGACCUGUGAGGACAUGAUGGAGACAUAUGAUGUACAUCUGUUUCUUCCCAAAUUCAAGCUGGAAGAGUCUUAUGAUCUCAAGUCAAUCCUUAGCAGUAUGGGAAUGAGUGAUGCCUUUAAUCCAAGCAAAGCAGAUUUCUCAGGAAUGUCUUCUGAGAGAAACCUAUUUCUGUCCAAUGUUUUCCACAAGUCAUUUGUGGAAAUCAAUGAACAAGGCACAGAGGCCGCAGCUGGCAGUGCCAGUGAGGUGGGUUUUCGAAUAAAAGUCCCCUCCAUGGAAUUCAAGGCAGACCACCCAUUCCUUUUCUUCAUCAGACACAACAAAACCAAGAGUAUCCUCUUUUAUGGGAGAUUCUGCUCCCCCUAAACCCUACUACUUCCACAUCAAACAAAACUCUCCUGCAGUGUGAAGAGUAAAUACCAGACAGUAAUCCACACUUAUAAUGACAACCAGUGGGUAGCUAUUUCUUAUCUGAAUAUUCAAUGCCAUAACUUGAAGUAAUGCUUCCUGGUGACUUUACCAGAUCUGUGGAACCAGAGUUAGUGGCACAUUUUGCCUUUAAUACUCAACAUUUUGUUUUCCUGUGACAUUUAUUUACAUUUAAGAAGGUGUGUUUUCCAGUUGAGUGUCUCACACUUAUUAGUUAGCUUGUCACUGUAGUGUGGCCGUCACUCAUAUUUCACAUUCACCACAGACUGAGGAAACUUUUUUCUGAAAGUGACAUAAAAUUCUUGCUGAACAAGGAUUCUCUCAAGAAUACUACAGGUGUUCAUAAAAUAUUCUAACUAAACCUUAUUUUCUGAUAUUGAAAAUCUACAUCUUGACAUUAGUGGGAAAAUUAUUAAAAUUCUAGUUGAAUCUAGAACUUAGAUAAUAGCAAUGAAUAAAUGUUGACAUCUCGGUUUGAAAAAGUGUCCGUAGCAAUGUCAGGGUUUUGUUUGAUUGUUUUUGCACUAAGGAGAUCUGUGUUAAGAUUAUGAAGGGAUCUAUGCAUUAUGUUUUAUAUUUUUGUGGUACUGAAAUUAUUCAGAAAUAAACAUUUUAUACAUUUUUUUCUCUGUAAGUUUAGAAUGUAUAAACAAACCUGCUUUCUGAACAGUUUGACUGUCUUUCUUUUCUUGCUUAAUUGGAAUGUGAUUGCAUUAUGUAGGUUUCUACUCCCUUCCAUGAUAUGAAUGGCAGUAUUUCAUCUUUACUGCUGAAUAGUAUUUCAUUUAUUUCUAGUUCCUGGUUUAAAAUGAAAUUCAAAACACAGUAAUAUAUUUGCUUAUAAAAUUUUAUGAAACUAUAAAUUUUCUCAUUUAUGUUAGUCUGUUUUGUUACAAAAAGAUAUGCUUGACAAAAUGUCUUAAAGCUGACUGUUUUUCUAAUUUCUUCUGAAAUAUUCACAUACAGGUGCUUGCUUUAUGGCUGUUUUUAUCUGUUACUCUAAUUUUUGAGAUCAGUUGUAUCACUCUAGGUUGCUUUUCCCAUAUUCAUAUAAUAAAGUAAAUGUGUGACUCCA